AUGCCAUUGUCAUCUUCAUUAUCAUCUCCAAAUCGAAUGGGUAUAGAAAGAGCAUCAGGAUCAUUAGCGAAACCUGCCGCGUGUGUGCCGGCACUUCAAGUAGUACCGCUCAAUCCACGUGUAGAAGAUCCAGCAGCCAUAUACUUUCCUCCUUGUACCAGACAAUGCAAUUAUAAGCAAGAUUAUAUACAAGAUGAAUGCAGAUGUGUGUGUUCAAACACUGAUGAUGAAGCAAAGUGCAAAAGAUUUUCCCAUAUUAAAAUAUGGGACUCUGAUAAAUGUGAAUGCGGGUGUCGAGAGAUAGAACCAUGUUCUGAGGGACUCUAUUUCGACAAAAAUACUUGCCGGUGUUUGCCAAUUAAAACCCAGAAACAGAGAUACUUAUUAUACAUGGGAAGCAAGUGAAAGAAAAGUUACACUGCCGAUAUUUGCAGACAUCAUGCCUAGAAGAAAGCAUAAAGAUGAACCAAGUUAUAAAUAA